AUGAAAGCGAUUGAUGCAUAUUUCUUCGGGGCGUCAAUUGCCGCAGAAUCUGCACCUAGCCACCUUGACAUCAGGGAUUUAAAGACCUAUCAACAGCUGUUCACCUAUAUAAUCCCACUUAUUUCUCACCUGGGAUUCAUAAAUAUUGCCGUGGUUCUUGUGCGUUUACGCUGGUUCCGCAGAAGAGUCAAUAAAAUCAGUGCAAUGGUUUAUCAAGUUGCACCCUCUGAGGCCCAACGCCGUCUGGACGUGGAAACCCAUGCAUACAAGUUCCCUGAGGAUGAGGGAAAGGGGGCCGUGUUAGUAGAAGAAGCCGGCCCAAUCAGCGAUUCCUUUGGUGGCGGCAAGAGGCAAAGCACUACUCCAAAUGUGGAAUCAACUGGUAGCAAUACAAAUGCAAAUGAUACAAAUGAGGUUCCUGACCAGAAUGUCAACCCACAUCACACAAGCAUAUCUUUUGCGCCUGAUGUGCGAGGCUACGAUAAAUCGAAGGCCUUACAUGUCCCACCACCACAUGAGCGCGAGAGGGAAAGGCCAAUAGUGAAAGUUGAUCAAGUAUUCAGUGGCGAUGAAGAAAUCGUUAAGUCGAACGAUGUCAGCAUCGGAAGGUCUCUCUCAGCUAGUCGUCGGCUAAAGAGCAGGUCCUCGAGUGUCCAAUGCCAGCACUCUCGAAAGGGUUGCUUCAUCCAUCUUUGUGCUCGAAGGGAGGUCUAG